AUGUUUCGGAGCCUGCUUUUCAUCGUCUUGUGUGGAUUUGCAGCGGCCGAUACCAGUUCAAAAAUGGAUCAGCACUGGGACUUAUGGAAGCAGAUGCACAGCAAAGUAUAUUCUCACCCGAUUGAGGAGAUGGGUCGUCGACGGCUAUGGGAAGAAAACUUGGAUCUGAUUAACGUCCAUAACCUGGAAACCUCUUUGGGUUUGCACACCUACGAGCUGGCGAUGAACCACCUGGGAGACAUGACCACUGAGGAGAUCGCAGGAAACCUCGCGGGCACUAUUGUUCCAACUGAACUGAAGAGGACUUCUUUAAACUUCAUGUGGGUCAACAGCUCUCUGCCAGCUUCCCUGGACUGGAGGGAUGACGGCCUGGUAACUGAGGUCAAAAUGCAGGGUCCUUGUGGUUCUUGCUGGGCCUUCAGUGCAGCCGGAGCUCUGGAGGGCCAGCUUAAGAAGUCUACAGGCACCUUGAUGUCCCUCAGUUCUCAGAACCUUCUGGACUGCUCCACAAAAUACGGCACCAAAGGGUGCAACGGAGGCUUCAUGACGCAAGCUUUCCAGUACGUCAUUGAAAACCAGGGCAUUAAUUCUGACGAUUCCUACCCCUAUAGUGGAAAGUACGGUCACUGCCAGUACCGUCCACAGUACCGGGCGGCUAACUGCUCAGGGUUCGUGUUCUUACCAGACGGGGAUGAGCAUGCACUAAAGGUGGCCCUGGCUAACGUCGGCCCCGUCUCUGUUGCAGUUGAUGUUUCCAGCCCCAAGUUUCUCUUCUACCGUCAUGGCGUUUACCAGGACGACGCAUGCAGCCACAACGUGAGCCACGCCAUGCUGGCUGUGGGCUACGGCACCGAGAGAGGAGAGGACUACUGGCUGGUCAAAAACAGUUGGGGUGUGGCGUACGGAGAUGACGGAUACAUCAAAAUGGCUCGAAACAGACAGAGCCAGUGCGGCAUCGCUGACUACGCUUGUUAUCCCGUCGUAUGA